AUGACCUCGAAUAUUCCCCACGCGAGACCGACAAAAAGGUCAGACAAAAUUGUCAUUAUCGGCGCCGGGCUAUUUGGACUGACGGCUGCGUUGGAGCUGCGUAAACGAGGAUAUGAGCACAUCACUGUCUUAGACCGGACACUUCCACCGGCUCCCGACGCCUCGAGUUAUGAUACAUCACGUCUCAUCCGUCCGGAUUACGCGGAUCCCUUCUACUCCAAAAUUGCCUACGAGGCAAUGGAAAAAUGGCAAACCGAAUGGAGUCAAUACUUCAACAAAAGUGGCUUGGCCAUAGUAGCCCAUUCAGAAUCCCAUCCCUACAUCGACGGAUGUAAAAACACGUUGACUCAGCUCGGAAAGGACCUCAACGCAUUCAACAGCUCCGACGACGUACGGAGACAUUUCCCCGACUUUACUGGUGGCUCCGUCUGCGGGUACGAGAACAAUGACGCCGGCUGGGUCGAUGCUGCAGCUGUGAUGAAGGAUCUGGCGUAUCAGUGCAUUUCAGCCGGUGUCUCCUUCAUCUCAGGACCGAAGGGAACUGUGUCAUCGCUCGUCGUGACCGACGGCCAGAUCACCAGCGUCCGAGACAUCACGGGGGGAUACCUGGCCUGCGACAGAGCCAUCCUGGCGACGGGGUCGUGGACAAAUUAUCUUCUCGACUUGCAAGGCUCCGCCGUCUCUGCGUGUCAGCCCGUCGGAUAUAUCCAGUUAUCCCCGGAAGAGGCAAAGGAGGUGGCUGCCUCGCCGGUGGUUUUAGACUUUACGUCCGGAUUCUUGGUCUUUCCGCCCACGGCGGACCAUGUUUUGAAGGUGAUGCGUCACGGAUAUGGCUACGAGACGUCCUACGCUAUCUCCGCCCAUGGCUCGCAUGGAGGGAGUAUUUCUGGUCCGAGGCUGAUCCCGCGCCGCACGAAGGGGCAGUACAUUCCCCCGGAGGCGGAUGAGGCCCUACGCGCUGGCUUAGAGCGAUAUCUGCCUCAGUUCAAAGACCGACCGUGGGCUAAGAAGGCUCUUUGUUGGUAUACCGACACGGUUGAUGGCAAUUUUAUUAUUGGACAUCAUCCAAAGAUAUCGAAUUUGUUCCUGGCCACAGGCGGAAGCGGACAUGCCUUUAAGUUUCUCCCAGUGCUCGGAAAGUAUGUUGUCGAUGGUCUUGAGAAUGCUCUACCCGACGCUCAGCGUCAACGUUGGGCCUUCAAGCCGUCGGAUAAACCCAUGUCCAAAGGAGACGGGAGUAGGGCCGGGCCGCCAAGGCGUGUUUUGACUGCUAGCGAGCAGGCAAGACUCUAG